AAAUGUUAAAUUCAUCACCUCAUAUGAAAUUAGAUAAGCCAUAUACACAAAGUCCAUAAUACAAAAAGCAAUAUCCAUAUAACUUAGACACAAAUAUUCCAGUCAGAAACUCAUUCACUUCUAAAACUAUCAAAGAGAAUAGAUAAAACACAGAUUCUUAAUAUAAUGAAGAAUUAGAAUAUUACAAGAAUAGAUGUGCAGACCUUGAAAUUUAUGGAAGAUAAUUGAAAAGUGAAUUAGAUGCAAUGAUAAUCAGAAUGAGUAAAUAAGGUGUAUUGGAUGAUAAGACAGAAUUCAUAUUACAUUAGAAUUAGAUACUUAAUUAAGAUCUGGAUAAAUUACAAAAAAGUUAUGCAUAGAAAAAGACAGAAUGUGAAUUGUGGAGAUCAAAAUAUGAGCAAUAACUUAAUAGCGCAGUUUAAUGUAUAGAAAUUUAGUAUUGAAAUAAUAGUAAAAGCUUAAUAUGAGUUAGAUUUGAAGAAAUUAAGUAAUGAGUUAAAGUUAUUUGAGGAGAAAAAUAAUCUUUUAGAGAAAGAAAGAUCAUAAGAAGUUGAAGUGACUAAGACAACAAUUUAAAGUAUUAUACAUAAUAAAUAUUUUAAGUUUAAAAUGAAUAACAAAAACAUAGUUAUUUAAAAUAAAUAGAUAUGUUAGAGAAUUAAGUUAGAAAGCUUAGAGAGUAUGCAGAUAUGAGAGAUAAAGAAACAGAUAAUUUGGAAAUGAAAUUUAGUUAAAUUUUAUAGGAAAGAGAAUAUUAUGAGAGUUAAUUACUUAAAGAAAAUGAUAUUUUAAGAAAUAGAUUAUAGGAAUAAGAGAGAGAGUUUUUAGUUGAUAUGAAUAGUUUAAGAUAGAAAUAAGACAUUCUUUAUCAAGGUUAAGUUGAGAAUCUAAAGAAAUAAUUUAUAACAUAAUAAGAGAUUAUGGAUACAGAGAUUGAAAAGUUAAAGGGUCUUUUAGAUAUUAAGAAUACAGAGAUUGAAACUUUAUUAUUAUAAAAUAAGAGAAUGAGAGCAAAUUAUGAAGACGAAACUUAGACAAUAAGAAAUUAAUACGAAACUUUUGAAUAGAAAACAGUUAAAAAUGAAUAGAAGAUAUUGGAAGAUUCUUAGAAUGCUGAAAGAACUUUAAGAAUUUAAUAGGAAAGAGACAUAUAAAGUUAGAAAAGUUAAUUCAUAGAUUAAAUUAAGAUUCUUGAAAAUUAAGUAAACACUUAAAACAAGUAGAUAUCUGAAUAAGAAAAUUAAUUAGUUGAAUUAUAAAAGAAUAAGUAGGAAUUACUUUAGAUCAAUUCAUAGGAAUAAGAGAGAUCAUAAAAUAUCAUAAAUAGUUUAAAAAAAUAGGUAAUUAAUAUUUCAUUAUUUUAAUAGAUAUUAUAACAAUAGGAAUCGUUUUAAAUUUAAAUGUAAUAAAACUAUAGAGAUUAUGAAUAAUAAAAGUAAGAAUUGAUAAACUUUAAUGAAUAAUAAUCAGCAUUAAUGAAACAGUUAUAGUAACAAAUAUAAAAUUUAAAUCAAAUAAUUGAAUUGAAAGAAAAACAAUAUGAAACAACUUUAAUUUAAUUUAAACAAUUGAAUACUUAAACAUAUGUAUAAAAAUAAUAAAGAUUAUUAGAAUAAAUUUGUUGAAGUUUCUAAAGAGAAUGAAUAAAUAAAAGUGGAAUCAUAAAAAUAUAUAGAUGAAUUAGAAGAAUAGAUAGUAAUAUUAAAACAAUUAAAUGGAUAAUAAGAAUAAAAAAUAGUAUUUCUUGAGUCUUCUUUGGGGAGUGAAAAAUUAAAUGCAGAGAAAUAGAUAAUAAAUUUAGAUAACGAAAAUAGACAAAAAUGGUAAAUUAUUGAAUAAUUGAGAAUUGAAUUAAUAACAAAAGAAUAAAAUAUUCUCAAAUUAUAAAAUGAAAUAUAAGAUACUAAAAAUGCUUUAUAAAAUUAAUUAGAAGAAGAAAAACAAAAGAUUGAAUAAGAGAUGAAAAGAUUGUAGAUUAGUUAAAAUGAAGAAUUAGCAAAUACAAAGUAGAAGUGGCAUCUAAAAGAAAAUUCAGUGAAUUCAGAAUUAAUUCAAUUAAAAAGUUAAUUAUAAACUUAACAAACUCUAAAUAUAGAAUUGAGCAGACGGUAUGAUUUUAUGCAUAUAGUUUUAGAUUGGAACUUUAGGGAUAACAGAUUAAAUCAGUAGUAAAUGAAUCAGAUGUAAUUAAACAGUACAAAGUAUUAUCAGAAAUUUAACUUAUAAAUAGGCUUAAAAAUUGA